AUGGGCCUGAAGGACCAUCUGGAGGAUGGGACAGGCCACAUCCUCAGCCUGGAGCUGGAUCUGGACUACCUCCAUGUGGAAGGUGCUGAGCGGCAGGGCGGCCUGAGCACCGCAACAGGUGCUGGGAAUGUAGGAGUCUUGCAGGUCCGAGCUGGUGCCCCGAGUAACAGCAGUAACAGUAUUGGUAGCAGUAGCACCAGUUUUAGCACUCAUUCAAGCUAUAGCAGCAGCAGUAGUUGCAGUAACUUCUCUGAGGAGAGUGCCGUGUCUGACAGCGAAGAUGAACGACUCCAGAAUGGGUCUGGUUCUGAAUCACAAAAUCCUCAUCGACAUCAGCCUCACCUGCGCCACCAAGAGUCCCCCUCAGUCUGUCAGCAGGUCAGGCUGGACCUGACACCAAACCGAUCCCAGGGAUGCCCCACACAGCCAGAAACAACACCUCCUACUGACCCUGUCACAGACUGCCGCACCAAAGUGGAGUUUGCUCUCAAGCUAGGCUACUCUGAGGAGCUGGUGCUGCUGGUGCUGAGGAAGCUGGGCAAAGACGCACUCAUUAACGAUGUCCUGGGAGAGCUGGUGAAACUGGGAACCAAGACAGAGAUGGAGCAGCAAGGAGGUCCCACUGUCUCUGACUCUCCCUCCGUCUCUUUGUCAUCCUCUUUGGCCUGCUCCUCCUCGUCCUCCAACUCCUCUCUGGACUCCUGUCGGCUGCUUUGUCCGUCUCAGCUGCUGGAGGACAAGGAAAACCUUCGGCCUGUCGUGGUGGAUGGGAGCAACGUAGCCAUGAGUCAUGGAAAUAAGGAGGUGUUCUCCUGUCAAGGCAUCCAGCUGGCUGUAGAUUGGUUCUUGGAGCGAGGUCACCGUGAUAUCACUGUCUUUGUUCCUGCCUGGAGGAAGGAGCAGUCGCGCCCUGAUGCUGUCAUCACAGACCAAGAGAUUCUACGGCGACUCGAGAAAGAGAAGAUCCUGGUCUUCACUCCAUCUCGCCGUGUGCAGGGGCGCCGUGUGGUUUGCUAUGACGACCGCUUCAUCGUCAAGCUGGCCUAUGAGUCGGACGGCAUCAUUGUUUCCAACGACAACUACCGUGACCUAGCCAAUGAGAAGCCGGAGUGGAAGAAAUUCAUUGAUGAGCGUCUGCUGAUGUACUCCUUUGUGAAUGACAAGUUCAUGCCACCAGAUGACCCCCUGGGACGCCAUGGACCCAGUCUUGAGAACUUUCUGAGGAAGAGGCCUGUUAUUCCUGAACACAGAAAGCAGCCAUGCCCUUAUGGGAAGAAGUGCACAUAUGGCCACAAGUGCAAGUUUUACCACCCUGAAAGGGGAAGCCAGCCCCAGCGUGCCGUGGCUGAUGAGCUCCGUGCCAGUGCCAAAAUUUCAUCAGUAGUUUCCAGAGGUCUGCUGGAAGAUGCCCUGAUGAGGAAGAGCCAAAGUUCUGGUCAAGGAAUGGCUGAUGCCGAGCCAAGUCGGGGCACUCCAAAGAAACAGCCAAACCCCAUCCCUCAAAGCUCCUUCACUGACCUCCUGGAGGACAGGUUUCGGGUCCAGUCCAAAGUGGAAGGCUGUAGGGGAAGCAACAGUAGCAGCAGCAGUAGCUUUAGCAGCAGCUUUCUAGGGCAUCCUGCUCCAGGGGGGCCCCCUUCAUCGGGAAGUCUGGAUCGAUGGGAACACCCUGGGGGUAGAGGUGGAAGCAGUUCCAGGAUUGCUGGAGUUUCAGGACCAAGCCAGGCUGACACUUGCCACAGAUACGAGUCUCCAGAGCUGGACUACAGCUCAAUGUUAAAGACCUACUCAAGCCUCAGUCUGGUAGUGCCACAGAGUCCUGAAUGCUUCUUCCCAGCUGAUCUGCGAGCUGGAUCCCUGCUGUCAGACUGUAGCAGUGAAGGCAGUGUCAGCUCAGACUCUUUCUCCCCUGACUCCUUGUUAGAUGAUGGCCCCAAGUGCCACCACCACCACCAUCCUCAUCACCAUCAUCACUGCUCUGGCCAGUACACCCAUCCUGCUAGCCGUGUCCCACCUGGACUGGGCCAGCUGGCUCCACAUGGCUAUCCAGUUCCUCAAGCACUGCAGAGACAGCAUGGUUUUGGCUUGGAAAACCUUUCAUCUUCUGUUACCUCUCAUGCUUCUCCACAUCCUUAUAAAACCCCUUCAGCCUAUGUCCCACCCCACCUUCAGCAUCCAUUACUGAGCAGUUUCCCAGGGGAAUUCCCAACUCGUCCACAAUGCCAACCUCAAACAUCCACUGCUCACUCCCACUCUCAGAGCUCCGUCCUUGGCCGCAAACCGAUGGGCUCCCUUUGGCAGGAAGGCGGGCUCCAGGACUCCCGAGUGUAUGAAGGGUCACCACUUCAUUCCAGAAGAAACUACCCUGGGCUAAACCCACAACCACAGCAUCUGAUAAGCUGGGACACCCAUUACCAGCAGUCCCCUAAGCCUUGCUAUGAUCUGUUUACCUUCCAGAGCCAUCCGGAAGUCCAUGAAAAGGAUUGGCACUCUCUUUGGGGCAGGCAAGCCCAUUCAUCACCACGUGGCCUUUCAAAUUUAAGUCUUCCACCACCUGCGCAGCUUUCCCUUCCAUCCAACUCUUCCCAAAAAACCCAACUGCCCUCAGUGCCCCAGCAUCAGGAGCCCCCUGCCUUGGGUCGAUACCAGGACCUUAGAGAGAGGAUGUUCAUUAACUUGUGUGGCAUCUUCCCUACAGAUUUGGUGAGAAUGGUGAUGACCAGAAACCCUCAUGUUAUGGAUGCUCAGGAGCUUGCAGCUGCAAUUUUGAUGGAGAAAUCGCAGCUCGGGUCUUGA